ACGCAACAAUGGAAGAAGGCAUUCAUAUUAACAGUGUUCACCUUAUGUCUAAAAAUUAAUGCAAAGUUAUUGUUAUCGAAGUAGUGGAUCUUGCAAAAUCAACGUACAUCAGCAAAUGUAAAUGAGUACAAGUAGAAGAAUCAAGGUCAUCAAGGCCUUAGAAAUGCCGUUACCAAUUCAUGAAGUUGCGGAGAUUUCUAAUAUAGAUGAGCUUAUAACAAUGAAAAAACAAAUCAACAAAAAAGUUGAUGAACUUUUACAAUCCAAAGAAAACAAAUAUAUUCAAACAGAGGAUAAUUUUCUAGAAUAUAAAAAGGCAAAUGAACUUUUGAUUCAAAAUAAAAUCAAAUUUUUGAGUAAAGAAAAGUGUAAUUUACAGAAUACCCUCAGUAAAGAAAAGUUAGUAUUAAAAGAAAACAAGGAGAAAAACAAGAUCGUAAAAGAAAAUCUUGAUAUCACAAAAAAAAAGGAAGAUGACUUUUUAAUUAAAAAACUCAACACAGAGCGUGAUUAUGCAACAUUUAAUUUAUUUUGUACAACUUUUGGACUGCGUUGGGAUUAUUCAAGUUCAGACAAUGAACUAAAAGGAAUUUUCAUGAUUAACAAUGAGUUAACUCCAUUUUCUCUUAAAAAAAGUGAAAAUAAAAAACAUGUUUCUUGUUUAUGGGAUAUGAUUUAUGUAAUGGAUAAGUGAUAAAGUGGAUAAAAACUUUUUCUAAAAGUUUCGCUAUAAGUUGAUAUUAUUUUAA